CAACAAUUUGAUAAAAACGAUCGAUUACCUCGAUUUAUCCAGUUCACAGCAAAGUUUGAGGACUUUUAUCUAAAUAUCGACAAUUAUUUGAGUUAUAUGUGCUCAAAGGUAUUUUCUAGAAAAGACUUUGUCAUUGGAUAUGAGUGAAUCAUGAGAAAAAUGGAGUCUCCAACCAAACGGCCUUGUUGGCCCAAGUACAGUCUGAGAAGAUCAAAAAACCUAAUUUUGAGGUUUUGGUUUUUUCUCAGCAUUUGUGUCAGUAUCUUACAUCUCUGUGAUGCAGGUGAAAAUGGAGAUUCGUUGGCCAAUACCACUCCAAAAAUGUCAUCAACAACUACACAGAACACCACCAAUCAUACAAGAAAUCAAACAAUUCUAACAACCAAAGCAUCACCAACUACAAUAAAAGCCACAGAAUCACCUUAUAUCCCAAAGGAACCAGAAGAACAAGAAGAGGCAACUGCAAUGACAAUAUUUUUUAUUUUGCUUGUUGUUGCUAUAUGCAUCUUUGCUAUACAUUUGUUGAUCAAAUCAAAAUUUGCCUACCUCCCUGAGAGUGUCUGUGUGGUGUUUUUGGGUGCAAUAGUGGCACUAUUUCUGAAAUUACUGAAAAAUAGUAAUGUUGCUAACUGGCAGAAAGAGGAAGCAUUCCACCCUACUGUCUUUUUUGUAAUUAUUCUUCCACCAAUCAUCUUUGAAUCUGGUUACAGUCUUCACAAGGGAAAUUUUUUUGCAAACAUUGGAUCAAUUUGUGUUUUUGCUAUCUUUGGGACAAUAAUGUCAGCACUUACUGUUGGUGGUGGUAUCUAUCUAUUUGGAAGAGCUGGUAUUGCAUUUGAAUUAACCCUUGUUGAAAGCUUUGCAUUUGGUUCGAUGAUAUCAGCUGUUGAUCCUGUAGCAACACUGGCAAUCUUUCAUGCUUUGAAUGUAGAUCCAACUUUAAACAUGUUGGUGUUUGGUGAAAGUAUUCUCAACGAUGCUGUGGCCAUUGUUCUUACAAAGUCUGUAACAGCGCACACUGAUUCCUUCUUCCAAGCUUUUGGCUCCUUCUUGGUAAUCUUCUUGGGGUCGGCCGCCAUUGGUGUCGUUUUUGCUCUGUUUGCUGCUCUGAUUUUAAAAUACGUUGAUUUACGGCAGCAUCCUUCACUGGAACUUGGUAUGAUGAUAGUGUUUUCAUAUGCUCCUUACGGGCUUGCAGAAGGACUCAAGCUUUCGGGCAUUAUGGCAAUCUUGUUCUGUGGCAUCGUUAUGUCGCAUUACGCCCAUUUUAACUUGUCCCCAGUCACGCAGAUUACAGUCCAGCAAUUGUUUCGAACUGCAGCUUUUCUUGCGGAGCUAUUAGUGUUUGCCUACCUGGGAAUGGCUAUCUUUAGUUUCAAGCACAGAUUAGAACUUUCAUUUGUUAUAUGGAGCAUAAUACUCAUCUUGAUCGGGCGGGCGGUGAAUAUCUUUCCACUGUCUUAUAUUCUAAACUACUUCAGAGAGACAAAAAUAAGCAAGAAGAAUCAGUUUAUUAUGUGGUACAGUGGCUUGCGUGGAGCAAUUGCGUUUGCUUUGUCAAUAAAUCUUGAUUUCGACCAAGACAAACGUCACGUGCUGAUUACAACAACAUUGAUCAUAGUUCUCUUCACCUUGCUCUUUUUGGGUGGUUCGACUUUACCGCUGCUAAAGUUCUUGCGGGCCGAAGAUGAUUCAUCAAGUUCUGAAGGGUUAACUUUGAGCAAAACUCAAGCCGAGGGCUCGGCGUUAGACGCUGAUCAGUUGACCGAUGAUGAGUAUAGGGGAACCAUUAGAUCAAGGUUAAAAGGCUUUGUUCGUUUGGAUGCCCGGUAUUUGCUGCCAUUCUUUUCAAGAAAAAUGACACGACAGGACUGGCGGGAUGCACACGAUGAAAUGCAGAGAUUAACAUCCCAUUGGUACAGCGAGGUAAGAAAAACAGACUCGUCUGAAGAAGAAGUCGAUGUCCAAAUCAAAGAGAGUCAUUUUUAAAUGAUAAUUAAUUUUCUUAGGACUUUGUUUACUAUUGCAUUGUAACAUUAAAAAUAAAUCGACGCAGGUUGUUUGUGUGUGUGGUUUUAAAGGUAUUGCACUUUAACUUAUUCGUCUGAAUAAUUUUGUCUAUAAUGUACUGUCAAUUUGAAUUUCUGGCCACUUGUGCCGUGUUUCUUUAAUGCAGUUGCAUUCAGUGGGUCAUAUAAAAUAGUACUUAGGUCUUGCAUUUUGUGUAAAUGUUUCUUUGAAAGCUGGCCUUUUGCAUAGAUGGAGCUAGGAUUUUGAGUUAUAGAAAAUGGAAAUGGGUUUCUAUCAGGGAAAAGUGUUCUUUAGCCAAUAAGCCAAGAUUUGAUAAUUUUCUUAAGAGAAACCAUGAAAACAGGGCGUUGUCUGAGCAUCCAGUCAAAAAGACCCCAUUUGGCUGUUAUGUAUUUUCUGCGGCUUCGCAUCAUUCUCUGUUGUUAUGCAAAGAUCUAUUUAAGAUUUUAAAGACACUAUUUACCAGUCUUUCAAAUAAUCACCUUUUUGCUAAUCGUGUUUUUUUUUAAAACUACUGACAAUCAUUAUACACUUAGUAUCACUGGUGCGUAAUUUGUUCAUGGACUUAAUAUUUUUAUGGCCUUUGGUUUGAAUUUCCAAUGUAGUUGCAAGCUGGAGAAAUUGGGGUAUCACUUUUAGAUUCCAGACCUCGGAAAGCCUAACUUCCCAAUAAAUUUAUAACUGGUCUCUCUGGGGUAUUCCGUGUCUCUUGUGACAUCGCCUCUCUCAAGACCUGCUGGGCUAAAUGAACUAUUUUGUUGGAUAUUUUCAAUGUACAUAAAGAUCGAUAUUUACUUUAAAAAAAAUCCAUGAAGAACAAAGAAAUGAUUUGGUAGACUCUGACCCAGUGAGACUUACAGAAGCCCAGCGAGACAGGGCUAGCUAUAUCCUUUCCUAGACAUGAUGGGAAUGGUACCAAAACCUGUCAACAUUUGCUACUCAAUACAGAUAUGGACGGUCCUAUGCCUGCUGAUAGCCAACGUUUCAGGAAUAUCCUCAGUACUUAUAUGACCUAAUAAAAGGAGACCAGUUCCAAAUAAAGUUGUUUAACAAGUAUAACAAAAAUCGCUAAUUCUCAUUCAUCUAUUGUACUCAUAAUUAAAAGUAAAUAAUAGUACAUAUUUGCAUUUGUUUAUAUCGAUAUAUUCUACCUUUGUUUUUAUACAAUGAUGUGUUAUCUGG